AGCCUGCGGGCAGCGCAGCUCAGCCCAGUCCAGCCCCGGGGCAGCCGCCCCGCAGGCAGCGCGGAAGGGAUGAGCCGGGCGGCGCUCGGCUGGGCUCGCUGCUAAACGCGCCUCCAUCCCUCCCUCCUUUUUCUUUUCCCUCCCUCCCUCUUUUUCUCUCUGUCUCGGCUCUCCUCCUCCCUAACUCACUGGAUAUUACCAGCCGCCGGGCUCGCCGCCUCCUCUCCCCCAGCCAUGAAUCCCACCGAAGGGGCGGCGGAGGAAGGCGCUGUCCCCGACUCGGAGGUGGAUGCUUUCUUCCGAACAGGCUCAUUCCGAAAUGAUGGCUUAAAAGCUGCUGAUGUCCUUCCUAUACUAAAGGAGAAAGUGGCCUUCGUAUCAGGUGGCCGUGAUAAACGAGGUGGUCCUGUCUUGACCUUCCCAGCCCGCAGCAAUCAUGACAGAAUAAGACAGGAAGACCUUCGGAAACUUGUGACUUAUUUGGCCAGCGUGCCAAGCGAAGAUGUCUGUAAACGAGGAUUCACUGUUAUUAUUGAUAUGCGGGGAUCAAAAUGGGAUUUGAUCAAGCCUCUCCUAAAGACCCUUCAAGAAGCCUUUCCUGCCGAGAUUCAUGUUGCCCUGAUUAUAAAACCUGAUAAUUUCUGGCAGAAGCAGAAGACAAACUUCGGCAGUUCCAAGUUCAUCUUUGAGACAAGUAUGGUAUCUGUUGAAGGCCUGGCAAAACUUGUAGAUCCAUCACAACUGACAGAUGAGUUUGAAGGAUCCUUGGAUUACAACCACGAUGAAUGGAUAGAGCUGCGUGUCUCCUUGGAAGAGUUUUUCAACAGUGCCAUCCAUUUAUUAUCAAGGCUGGAGGACCUCCAGGAAAUGUUGGCUAGGAAGGAGUUUCCAGUUGACGUUGAGGGCUCCAGGAGGCUGAUUGAUGAGCACACACAGCUUAAGAAAAAAGUGAUUAAAGCUCCUGUGGAAGAACUGGACCGUGAGGGUCAGAGGUUAUUACAAUGCAUAAGGUGCAGUGAUGGUUUUUCCGGUAGGAACUGCAUUCCUGGAAGCGCGGAUUUUCAAAGUCUUGUGCCAAAGAUUACCAGCCUUUUAGACAAGCUGCAUUCUACCCGGCAACACUUACAUCAGAUGUGGCAUGUCCGCAAGUUGAAACUAGACCAGUGCUUUCAACUCCGACUUUUUGAGCAAGAUGCUGAGAAGAUGUUUGACUGGAUCAGCCACAACAAAGAAUUGUUCCUGCAGAGUCACACAGAGAUUGGUGUGAGCUACCAACAUGCCCUUGACCUGCAGACGCAGCACAAUCACUUUGCCAUGAAUUCAAUGAACGCCUAUGUCAACAUAAAUCGGAUCAUGUCUGUUGCAUCCAGGCUGUCUGAGGCAGGCCAUUACGCUUCCCAGCAAAUUAAACAAAUUUCUACACAGCUGGAUCAAGAGUGGAAGAGUUUUGCUGCAGCUCUGGAUGAACGCAGCACCAUCUUAGCCAUGUCUGCUGUCUUUCACCAGAAAGCUGAACAGUUCCUUUCAGGUGUGGAUGCCUGGUGUAAAAUGUGCAGUGAAGGAGGCCUCCCCUCAGAAAUGCAAGACCUAGAGCUGGCCAUCCAUCAUCAUCAGUCUCUGUAUGAACAAGUAACACAGGCCUACACAGAGGUAAGCCAGGAUGGAAAAGCCUUGCUGGAUGUCCUACAGCGUCCCCUGAGCCCUGGGAAUUCAGAAUCCCUCACUGCUACUGCAAACUACUCCAAAGCUGUGCACCAGGUACUGGAUGUGGUACAUGAGGUCCUGCAUCACCAGCGGCGCCUGGAGAGCAUCUGGCAGCACCGAAAGGUCCGGCUGCACCAAAGGCUGCAGCUCUGCGUUUUCCAGCAGGAUGUUCAACAGGUACUGGACUGGAUUGAAAAUCAUGGAGAAGCCUUUCUGAGUAAACACACGGGAGUGGGGAAGUCUCUGCACAGAGCACGCGCGCUGCAGAAAAGACACGAUGACUUUGAAGAGGUAGCACAGAAUACGUACACCAAUGCAGACAAGCUUUUAGAGGCUGCAGAGCAGUUGGCUCAGACUGGGGAAUGUGACCCUGAAGAGAUUUAUAAAGCAGCCCGGCAUCUGGAAGUACGGAUUCAGGACUUCGUCCGGAGGGUGGAACAGAGGAAGCUUCUCUUGGACAUGUCAGUCUCCUUCCAUACCCACACCAAAGAGCUGUGGACAUGGAUGGAAGAUCUGCAGAAGGAGCUCUUAGAGGAUGUCUGUGCUGACUCCGUGGAUGCGGUUCAGGAGCUUAUCAAGCAGUUUCAGCAGCAGCAAACAGCCACCUUGGAUGCUACCCUCAAUGUUAUUAAGGAAGGGGAAGAUCUAAUCCAGCAGCUCAGGGACUCCGCCGUUUCCAACAAUAAGACCCCACACAACAGCUCCAUCAGCCACAUCGAAUCUGUACUUCAGCAACUGGACGAGGCCCAAGUACAGAUGGAAGAGCUCUUCCAUGAGAGGAAGAUUAAGCUAGAUAUCUUUCUUCAGCUCCGGAUUUUUGAGCAGUACACCAUUGAGGUUACAGCAGAAUUAGAUGCCUGGAAUGAGGAUCUGCUGAGACAAAUGAAUGAUUUCAAUACCGAGGACCUUACUCUGGCUGAGCAACGUUUGCAGCGUCACACUGAGAGGAAGUUGGCCAUGAACAACAUGACUUUUGAAGUCAUCCAGCAAGGGCAAGAUUUACACCAAUACAUCAUGGAGGUCCAGGCUUCAGGCAUCGAGCUGAUCUGUGAAAAGGACAUUGACCUUGCAACACAGGUUCAAGAACUGCUGGAAUUCCUUCAUGAGAAACAACAUGAACUGGAGCUUAAUGCUGACCAAACUCACAAGAGGUUAGAGCAGUGCCUACAGCUCCGGCACCUACAGGCUGAAGUCAAGCAGGUGCUUGGCUGGAUCCGGAAUGGUGAAUCAAUGCUGAAUGCAAGCCUUGUCAAUGCAAGCUCCCUCUCUGAGGCUGAGCAGCUCCAGCGAGAGCAUGAGCAAUUUCAGCUGGCCAUAGAGAAGACACACCAGAGUGCCCUGCAGGUCCAGCAGAAAGCCGAAGUGCUGCUGCAGGCUGGGCAUUAUGAUGCUGAUGCCAUCAGAGAAUGCGCUGAAAAGGUGGCCCUGCACUGGCAGCAGCUGAUGCUGAAGAUGGAGGACAGGCUCAAGCUGGUCAAUGCCUCAGUGGCCUUCUACAAAACCUCUGAGCAGGUGUGCAGUGUAUUAGAGAGCCUGGAGCAAGAAUACAGACGUGAUGAAGACUGGUGUGGAGGUCGAGAUAAACUUGGACCAGCAGCUGAGAUAGACCACGUCAUCCCUCUGAUCAGCAAGCAUCUGGAGCAGAAGGAGGCUUUUCUCAAGGCCUGCACACUGGCUCGAAGGAACGCCGAGGUAUUCCUCAAGUACAUCCACAGGAACAAUGUCAGCAUGCCUGGAGUCGCAAGCCAUACCCGGGGGCCUGAGCAGCAAGUGAAAGCCAUCCUGAGUGAGUUGCUGCAGAGGGAAAACCGGGUCCUUCACUUCUGGACCCUGAAGAAGCGGAGGUUAGAUCAGUGCCAGCAGUACGUUGUCUUUGAGCGCAGUGCCAAGCAGGCCCUGGACUGGAUCCAAGAGACAGGCGAAUAUUACCUCUCUACUCACAACUCCACAGGGGAAUCAGCAGAAGAAACUCAGGAACUCCUGAAGGAAUAUGGGGAAUUCAGAGUACCUGCGAAGCAAACAAAGGAGAAAGUGAAGCUCCUCAUCCAGCUGGCUGACAGCUUUGUAGAAAAGGGACAUAUACAUGCCACUGAAAUCAGGAAAUGGGUGACCACCGUUGACAAACGCUACCGUGACUUCUCUCUCAGGAUGGGGAAAUACCGCUACUCCCUGGAGAAAGCCCUUGGAAUCAAUACAGAGGAUAACAAGGACCUUGAACUAGAUAUUAUUCCAGCAAGUCUUUCAGACCGGGAGGUAAAGCUGCGAGAUGCAAAUCAUGAAGUCAAUGAAGAAAAAAGAAAGUCAGCCAGAAAGAAAGAAUUCAUUAUGGCUGAGCUUCUUCAGACAGAAAAAGCUUAUGUCAGGGACUUACAUGAGUGUUUAGAGACUUACCUUUGGGAAAUGACAAGUGGAGUGGAAGAAAUACCCGCUGGGAUCCUUAAUAAAGAACACAUCAUCUUUGGCAAUAUCCAGGAGAUAUAUGACUUCCAUAACAACAUUUUCCUGAAAGAACUCGAGAAAUAUGAGCAACUGCCUGAGGAUGUGGGUCACUGCUUUGUCACCUGGGCAGAUAAAUUUCAGAUGUAUGUCACCUACUGCAAAAACAAGCCUGACUCCAGCCAGCUCAUCCUGGAACAUGCAGGGACUUUCUUUGAUGAAAUUCAGCAAAGGCAUGGUCUGGCCAACUCUAUCUCUUCUUAUUUAAUCAAGCCUGUCCAGAGGAUCACAAAAUAUCAACUCCUCCUGAAGGAACUGCUUACCUGCUGUGAGGAAGGCAAAGGGGAGCUCAAGGAUGGUCUGGAAGUGAUGCUCAGUGUCCCCAAGAAAGCUAAUGAUGCAAUGCAUGUCAGCAUGCUGGAAGGGUUUGAUGAGAAUCUAGAUGUCCAGGGAGAGCUGAUUCUUCAGGAUUCCUUCCAAGUGUGGGAUCCCAAGUCACUCAUUCGGAAGGGCCGUGAGAGGCAUUUGUUUCUCUUUGAAAUCUCCUUGGUGUUUAGCAAGGAGAUCAAAGACUCUUCAGGACACACAAAAUAUGUUUACAAGAACAAGUUACUGACCUCAGAACUGGGAGUGACUGAACAUGUUGAAGGAGAUCCCUGUAAAUUUGCCUUGUGGUCUGGACGAACACCAUCCUCAGACAAUAAAACAGUGCUAAAAGCAUCGAGUAUUGAAACAAAACAGGAAUGGAUCAAAAAUAUCCGAGAAGUCAUCCAAGAAAGAAUUAUCCAUCUGAAAGGAGCUCUGAAAGAGCCAAUUCAGCUCCCCAAGACACCAGCAAAGCAGCGAAACAACAGUAGAAGAGAUGGAGUAGAUGAUGCAGACAGCCAAGGAGAUGGAAGCAGUCAACCUGACACCAUUUCCAUUGCAUCCAGGACAUCACAGAAUACAGUGGACAGUGAUAAGUUGUCUGGAGGGUGUGAACUAACCGUGGUGCUCCAGGACUUCACGGCGGGCCACAGCAGUGAGCUGAGCAUUCAGGUUGGGCAGACGGUGGAGCUGCUGGAGAGGCCGAGUGAAAGGCCAGGCUGGUGCUUGGUGCGGACCACGGAGCGGAGCCCACCGCAGGAGGGCCUGGUCCCCAGCAGCGCUCUCUGCAUUUCCCAUUCCCGCAGCAGUGUGGAGAUGGAUUGCUUCUUCCCUUCAGGAAAAGAGGCAUAUUCAGUCUCUUCCAAUGAAAAUGGAGGCAAGUCCGAUUCAGUGGCCAACUUACAGCCCCAGCCAUCCCUCAACUCUAUCCAGAGCUCUCCCGGCCCCAAGCGCUCGACCAACACACUGAAGAAAUGGCUGACGAGCCCCGUGCGCCGGCUGAACAGCGGGAAGGCCGAGAGCAACAUCAAGAAGCAAAAGAAGGUGCGAGAUGGCAGGAAGAGCUUUGACCUCGGCUCACCAAAGACUGGAGAUGAAACCACUCCUCAAGGAGACAGCGCAGAUGAGAAGAGCAAGAAGGGUUGGGGAGAAGAUGAGCCAGAUGAAGAGUCUCACACACCUCUUCCUCCUCCUAUGAAGAUUUUUGACAAUGAUCCAACCCAAGAUGAGAUGUCCUCUUCUUUGCUAGCUGCUCGGCAGAGCUCCUCUGAUGUCCCAACUGCUGCGGAUCUUGUCAGUGCAAUAGAACAGUUGGUCAAAAGUAAGCUGACCCUUGAAGGAGGAUCUUACCGAGGAAGCUUAAAAGAUGCCACAGGCUGCUUGAAUGAAGGAAUGACGCCUUCAACUCCCCCAAGAAACCUUGAAGAGGAACAAAAAGCCAAAGCAAUGAGAGGCAGGAUGUUUGUCUUAAAUGAACUGGUCCAGACUGAAAAAGACUACGUCAAAGAUUUGGGAACUGUUGUGGAGGGCUUCAUGAAGAGAAUAGAAGAAAAGGGAGUUUCUGAAGAUAUGAAAGGGAAAGACAAGAUAGUGUUUGGCAAUAUUCACCAGAUUUAUGACUGGCACAAAGACUUUUUCCUGGCUGAACUGGAAAAAUGUCUUCAGGAGCAUGACCGUUUAGCACAGCUUUUUAUUAAACAUGAGCGGCGAUUACACAUGUAUGUGGUGUACUGCCAAAACAAGCCACGAUCUGAAUAUGUAGUAGCUGAGUACGAGACAUAUUUUGAGGAGGUUCAACAGGAAAUAAACCAACGGCUGACCAUCAGUGACUUUCUGAUCAAACCCAUUCAGAGAAUAACUAAAUAUCAGCUUCUUCUCAAGGACUUCCUGAGGUACAGUGAAAAAGCUGGUCUGGAGUGCUCUGAAAUAGAGAAAGCAGUUGAGUUAAUGUGCCUUGUACCAAAACGUUGCAAUGAUAUGAUGAACCUGGGUCGCCUCCAAGGCUUUGAGGGUAAGCUGACAGCCCAGGGCAAGCUGCUGCAGCAGGACACCUUCUACGUGACAGAGCAGGACUCCGGAGUUCAGUCUCGACCGAAGGAACGCAGAGUGUUUCUCUUUGAGCAAAUAGUUAUCUUCAGUGAGCUGCUUAGGAAAGGAUCUUUAACACCAGGGUACAUGUUCAAGAAAAGCAUAAAGAUGAACUACCUUGUCAUUGAAGAAAACGUGGACAGUGAUCCCUGCAGGUUUGCUCUAGUGAACCGGGAAACAUCUGAGAGAGUCAUUUUACAGGCAGCUAAUCCAGAAAUUCAGCAGGCUUGGGUACAGGACAUCAACCAGGUCCUGGACACACAAAGGGAUUUCCUAAAUGCACUGCAGUCUCCCAUAGAGUACCAACGCAAAGAAAGUAGCACAGCAGUGCUGAGGCCCCAGGCCGGUAGGGUCGCUCAGCCCAACAGCAGACCCUAUUCUUCUGUUCCAGUAGGGUCUGAGAAGCCUUUGAAGGCUACAAGCCGUAACCCAUCUCUCCCACCCCUGAAGAUAUCUACCUCCAAUGGCAAUACAGGGUAUGAACAGCCUGGAGACAAGUAUGAACAGAGCAAGACUGAUUUGGGAGGGUGCAAUGGGACCUCAUCCAUGGUGGUGAUUAAAGAUUACUAUGCACUGAAGGAGGACGAGAUCUGUGUGAAUCAAGGAGAGGUGGUUCAGAUCCUUGCUAUCAACCAGCAGAACAUGUUCCUGGUGUACCAGCCCGCAAACGACCACUCUCCAGCUGCUGAAGGAUGGAUCCCUGGCAAUAUCUUGGCUCCCCUCACUAAAUCCACUACAGAUAAUAGCGACGGAAGCAUCAAGAAGUCAUGUUCAUGGCAUACCCUGCGCAUGAGAAAGCGGGCGGAAAAGGAGAGCAGUGGCAAAAAUGAAGCCAAUGGGCCACGUAAAUCCAAGGAUAUUCUGGGGAACAAAGUCUCUGUUAAAGAGACAAACAGCUCAGAGGAAUCAGAGUGUGAUGACCUUGACCCCAAUACUAGCAUGGAGAUAAUCAACCCCAAUUUCAUUCAAGAAGUGGCUCCAGAGUUCCUUGUGCCGUUGGUGGAUAUCACCUGCCUGCUUGGUGACACAGUGAUGCUGCAGUGCAAAGUCUGCGGCCGGCCCAAACCAACGAUAACCUGGAAAGGACCAGAUCAAAACAUUCUUGACAAUGAUAACAGCACGGCCACAUACACGGUAUCAUCCUGUGACUCUGGGGAGCUCAUGCUGAAGAUUUGCAAUGUGAUGCCUCAGGACAGUGGCAUUUACACCUGUGUUGCAACUAAUGAGCAUGGAACAGCAUCAACCUCAGCCACAAUCAAAGUGCAAGGUGUUCCAGCAGCCCCUAAUCGUCCCAUUGCUCAGGAGAGAAGCUGCACCUCUGUGAUCCUUCGUUGGCUGCCUCCAUCCAGUACAGGCAAUUGCACCAUUUCUGGCUACACAGUGGAGUACAGAGAAGAAGGCUCGCAGGUCUGGCAGCAGUCAGUGGCCUCCACACUGGACACUUACCUUGUCAUUGAAGACCUGUCCCCAGGCUGCCAGUAUCAGUUCCGUGUGAGCGCCAGCAACCCCUGGGGGAUCAGCUUGCCCAGUGACCCAUCUGAAUUCGUGAGGCUUCCAGAAUAUGACUCUGCUGCUGAUGGUGCCACUAUUUCGUGGAAGGAAAACUUUGAUCUCGCUUAUGCAGAGCUGCAUGAGAUUGGGAGGGGACGAUUCUCCAUCGUAAAGAAAUGUGUUCACAAAGCUACCCGGAAAGAUGUUGCUGUAAAAUUCAUCAGUAAAAAAAUGAAGAAGAAGGAGCAAGCAGCCCAUGAGGCAGCUCUCUUACAGCACUUACAGCAUCCUCAGUACAUCACUAUCCAUGAUACCUAUGAGUCUCCUACUUCUUACAUCCUAGUUCUGGAGCUGAUGGAUGAUGGUCGUCUCCUAGAUUAUCUAAUGAACCAUGAUGAACUUAUGGAGGAAAAAGUAGCUUUCUACAUAAGAGACACAAUGGAAGCCUUGCAGUAUCUUCACAAUUGCCGAGUGGCUCAUUUAGAUAUAAAGCCAGAGAAUCUGCUCAUCGAUUUAAGGAUCCCAGUUCCUCGUGUCAAGAUCAUUGAUUUGGAAGAUGCAGUUCAAAUCACAGGCCAUUACCACGUCCACCAUCUCCUUGGAAACCCAGAAUUCGCAGCCCCUGAAGUUAUCCAGGGCCUCCCUGUGUCCCUGAGCACAGACAUCUGGAGCAUCGGGGUCCUCACCUACGUCAUGUUGAGCGGUGUCUCGCCCUUCCUAGAUGAAAGCAAAGAGGAGACUUGUAUCAAUGUGUGCAGAGUCGAUUUCAGCUUCCCACCUGAGUACUUCUCUGAUGUGAGCCAUGCCGCCAGGGAUUUCAUCAACGUCAUCCUCCAGGAAGACUUCAGGAGAAGGCCGACAGCAGCCACUUGUUUACAGCACCCAUGGCUGCAGCCACACAAUGGCAGCUACUCCAAAAUCCCACUGGAUACCUCCCGCUUGGCAUCCUUCAUUGAGCGCCGCAGACACCAGUACGACGUGCACCCCAUCCCUGGUGUCAAGAGUUUCCUGAUGAGCAGGCUUAACCCUGGGACGUAAUGCCCACCUCCCCGGACACUACACUGCUGGUCCUGAGGCAUGGUGCAGGGAGUGAGCAGGCCCAAAGCAGAGCUUCUGUACAUACUUUUGUAUUCAGUGUUGGCAUUUGAAGGUAUAAAUCUGUCCAGAGGUCCCAGUACCUCCUCAGUUACUCAGGAUCAAAGCAAGCAGGGUAACGGUGACAGGUACUUAGGUGCCCUCUUCAAUGAGCACCUCCUGGAAGCAUCUCAACAGUAUGCAGCAGCAAACACCAACUGGAGACAAGAACCAAAACUGCAGUUGCCUUAAUCUCUGGGAGGCAGCCUUACCAGAAAUCCUCUUGAUCUUGCUGAACUGAUAUCUGAGUGUAUGAGAGAUAGGUGUAGGAUAGUGUGUGGAGGAGUAAGUCUAGGCUGACCUUUGUGUGUAUUGCAGGACUUGGCUGAAUGCAGCUCUCACUGGAGUCACUGCAUGCCUGCUCUGGGUUAACAGUUGGAUUUUUUGUUCUCUGUAUGCCCAGGUCUCCCAUGAUUUCUGUGAGGACUUCACCUGCAAGAUCAGGCCUGCUGGAUCAGCUUCUGUGGUGGCUUGGCUUAGAUACAUCCUCAUUACAUGGCAGUGCUCAGAAUAAAAUCCCAUGUUAAUCCUUGGGCUUUCUACUGCGUCAGGUCAACAUGCAGUACCCUUUGGAGCUAUGAUUGAGGCAAUGAAUUCAUUGGAGCAUACAGCUGUUUCUGACUAAGCACAACGGGACUAUGAUGCUGGUUUGUUUUUUUUUUAACGCAUUUUAUAUACACUGUACAGAAAUCUUUUGCAAAACCUGUGCAUUGAGAAAAGGCUGAGUCCAAUUUUUGCAGUAUCUGUAAACUAGGUGAUGAUUGAUGAAGACAAUUUUUU